AUGUUCACUCAUAUGGUGAUGGCUGGAGGUAUAAUGGGAUAUGGAGUUUACGCAUUCAAGAAGGGCCGGAAUUAUUCUUCAUUCUUCAUGGCAAUCGGCUGGUGUAUUGCUUUACUGAUGGACUGCUAUAGUGGACAACGAUUACAAGAUGAGAGUUUAUCCAUCGGAACAGAAUUGUACAAUGCCGACUGGUCCGACUGUGAUAUAGGAAUGAAGAAGGACAUAUUGUUUGAGCUCAUGAGAUGCCGACGACAGAUGGUUUUGAAAGCUUCUUCUUUCGGUAUCAUGGACCAUCCCACGUUUUUAUCGGUAAAAUGCACUUCUAGUAUACAGUCCUUGCAAAAAGUGUGCAUUACUGACCUAGUCGACCAUGUGAUAAAAUAUUAACAAUGUAUACGAGAUAUCACAGUCACAAACAUGUAUCUGAU